ACACCUCUGCCCCGCCCCCUCCCGUGUGAUUGGCAGCGCGGCCACGCCCCUGUCCCAGCGGGCGUUGCGCGAUGGCGGAGCGGGCUCGCGGACUCGGUUCGGGAGCGGCGGACCAGUUCCUCGAUGCAGAAAACAAACGGAUGGCAGAGAACCUGUCCAGCAAAGUCACCCGCCUUAAAUCGAUCGCCCUGGACAUUGACCAGGAGGCAGCUGAUCAGAACAGAUAUUUGGACGGAAUGGACUCUGAUUUCCUGAGUGCCACUGGCCUGUUGACGGGCAGCGUGAAGCGUUUCUCCGGCAUGGUGAGAUCAGGCAGGGACAAUCGGAAGCUGCUGUGCUACACUUCGCUGGGCCUGGUUCUCCUCUUCUUCAUCCUCUACUACCUGCUCACCAGGAUGCACACCUGAGCUGCUCGACCCGGAGCAGGUGGACUAUUCCCUCUGGACACUGCUGGGUGGAACCACCGCUCCCUCCUGUACGCCAGCUUCAUACCGGGGGAUCCUUCCUUUGAUCGGCCUGGAAACCUGGCCUGUGCACCUUGGAGCGGGUGAGGGAUGUGAUGUACGUGCCUGCACUAUGCCACACACACACACACACACACACACACUGGUGUGUGCAGCAACAAAUGGACCCACAAGAACAUUGUUGGACAAAGACUCCAAUCUACCCACAGAACUCGGUACAGGAUCACUCCCACCUACAGCCAGAUACUAAUUCGAAAGAAAAUACUGAGCAGAACAUACCUUUAUAUUUAAAGUUAGUGAUUUCAUUUUAAUUUUUCACACGUACCAGAAAUCAUUCUCCAAAAUCAAUUUCCUGAUUUAAUGCUUCUCUUCAUUUUCAGGAGCAUCUUUUUCCAAUGUUAGUUGUCAUUAUAAAUAGAAAAAAUUGCAGCUUGAUUUAGUUAAUGUCAACUGUCAAAUUCCUUCACUCUAAAUAAAUAUUAAUUGCCCAAACAA